AUGAGAUCAGAGACAGAGAAACAAGCGUCAAGCUCCAAGCUCCAGGUCCGAGGUCCGGGACAUCAGGCUCCAGGUUUUGAGCUCCGUUCGCUGAGCGCUGGGCUGAGGUGGAGGCGAAUGCUGACUGUAACGCGAAGCGAUGAAACGUCGAAACGUGUAGAGCUUAUCCCCAGAUUUCACUGCUGGCUGCGCAUCGUACUCGGUUCGCAAGUGGAUCACACUGGAGUUGACAUCAGCAAGUGUCCGAGGUUGACCGAUCACGCUGCCAUCAUGGUUGAGCCCAAGAUGGCUUGCAAACGAGGCCUGCUUGCCAACUACAAACACUCGGCGUCUCAUCCAUUCUCAGAUGCAGGGAACGAUUGUACAGAGAGCCGGGGGUACCUGACCGUGUCCACCUUUCUCGUUAAGCUUCGCCAAGUGCAGACUCAAGCGCCGAGCAUGCCCAACGAGCACACAGCUCGUGCACUGCUGUGCAAACAGAGUCCGGCCCACUUGAUCGCGCCCGCUCGCUUGCAAGGCGCCGCUCACGGUGAACGCUGA